AAACCUCAGUAUUGCCUUCUGAUCUUCUGAUUUGAAUUCGGACAGGUUUCUGAACAAGCCAGCACGUUGACCGAGCUUUCAACAAUGCCACAGCAAAAGAGGAAAGGUUCGGAGGACCUGGAUGAAGUAGGCCAGAAGCAGGCAAAGGUUCGCUUUCGGGCAACAACGGAUUCGGUUCCUUUCGUCAGAGAUCUCGAAGAGCAAUCUAAGCUGGACCCGAGAGAAGAAGAAUGGAUGCAAAAUGCAGAUGUCAGAACGCUGUCCAUCAACUGUCACCAUCAAAGUAUAGCAGCGGCAUACUAUGACAACUCUACUCAGACUUUAUCCAUGCUGGAAGAUACGCAGGACUCUCCUUCUUUCGAUCUCUUGCAGACCUUGAUUGAACAGUUGAGCCCGUCGUUCAUCCUCGUCAACGCUAAUGCGCACGAAAAACUCCUGGACAAACUUAUGGAAUACUGCGACGAACACGAUGAAACGACCGUCCAGAUCUGCGCAUCGAAAGAUUUCUACGUCAACGCCUCCUUGAACCGCUUGUCGAGUGUACAUAUUCUCAGGACAACUCCCACUCUCGAUCCUAUUAACUCGCCUAGCUCUGGAAUUCGGGGAACAAUCGAAGCUGGCUCGGCCUCUCCUGUAUCGACCACCAUCGCGGAUCCCGCAUCCAAUUUUAACCUGCACCCACAGGAUGAUCUGCACCGCAGGGAGAUUCUCAAUCGGUUGGGCUGCUUUACUUCGCUUGAGGCGUUCCUUGCAUUGGGUGCAGCUGGAUCAUUGCUAAUACAACUCGAAAGGGCGAAGGCGGCUCUGGAUGAUCACGGACCUAUCGUGUUUCGGAAUGUGCAAGCGCUAGCGACUCAGCUACAUAUGCAGAUCAAUUCCGAUGCCCUGUCGUCUCUCUCGAUUUUUUCAUCUGCCAGUAUCGCUCGUAAAGGAUCGAACAAGCAGGAUGAGGAUCUCUCCUUAUUCGGUGUUCUGGAUACAUGCCGCUCGGGACUAGGAUCCCAGAUCUUAAGAAGAUGGAUGAUGCGACCGCUGUUAUCCUUGCCACACAUCAAGGCUCGGCAUCAAGCUGUGGAAGUACUCAUCAAGGCAGAAAACCGUCAGGUCCUCAAAUCGAUACGGGAUGGUAUGAAGGCGAUCAAGAACGUUCACUAUGUUUUUAGCAAGAUGAAUUCUGGAGAUUUGAGCGAUUGGACUUGUUGGAGAAACCUUGCAGAGCUACUCAAUGGAAGCCUCCUUAUCGUCGAGACUAUAGGUAAUCUCAGAGGUUGGGAAUCGGUUGAAAUUUGCAAAAAAAUACAAGCGACGUGCAACAGGAAACGGCUUCGGGACCUCUUCACCUACAUCACAGACAGGGUCGACAUCGAUGCAUCGCAAACGGAAGGCCGACUGAUAGCGUGUCAAGGUCAUGACGAAAAACUUGACGAGAUCAAUAGCACUUUAGAAUCUAUGGAAGCGGUCCUUAACGAAGCAGCGGAUAUAGCGAAGACUGAAAUUCCGCAACAGUAUAAUGCCGACGUCAAAGUUGUCAUGUUCCCACAACUCGGAUACCUGGUCGAGGUCAUGAUGGAACAGGCGGACAUCCCGCAAGUACCUCUUCAAUAUCAAUUCUCGAGCGAGACCAGUUCGUUCUUCAAGUCAGACAGUAUGCGGGAGCUUGAUGCGAACUAUGGGGAUAUUUACAACGAAGUCAACGAUCGUACCAUCGAGUUACUGGAGACCGUCCUUGAAGAGGUGUCCAAGAACGCGUCUUUCGUUCUGGAAGUUGUGGAAUUGUUAUCUGAGCUCGACUGCCUCUUGGCUUUCGCAGCCGCCGCCAUAGAUUUUCAGCUGAUUCGCCCGGGAAUGCACCAUAACAACGCGAUACAUAUCAAGGGAGGGAGGCACAUUCUUUACGAGAGGGUGACGGAGAACUAUGUAAGCAACGACACUGCCCUCUUUGGAAGGGGCGAUUCGAGGGACGACCAUCCUACGGAGGCAGAGGACGAGCAUGUGGGAAACAUCAUGAUGAUCACCGGAGCUAAUGGAUCCGGCAAGAGUGCCUACGCGAAACAGGUCGCUUUGAUCGUAUACAUGGCCCAAAUCGGCUGUUUCGUGCCAGCAACCUCCGCUGACCUCGGAGUGAUAGACAAGAUUUAUACCCGACUUCAGACAAGAGAAUCCGCUCUUAGGUCUGGCUCGGCUUUCAUGAUUGACCUCAGUCAGGUUUCGAUGGCUCUUCGAGGAGCAACCGCCAGAUCCUUACUCAUCAUUGACGAGUUUGGGAAAGGGACUAAUCCUCAAGAUGGGGCAGGCUUGUUAGCGGGUGUCACGCAGACACUUCUGAAGCGAGGAAAGGAUUGUCCCAAAACGGCAAGUCGAUUACGCCACCUCAAGAGGCGCUUUUGGCUGACAUCGUGGACUUUGCAGAUCGUCAUUACGCAUUUUCAUGACCUGGCUGAAACCGACAACGACGGGAUUGUCAAGAUGCACAUGGAGAGCGUAUUUCAGGAGAAUUGCGAAGGGACAGGCUUUGGCGAGAUUAUGUUCAUCUACAGGCUUCAGCCGCAUUCCUCCCAUUCUUCGAACGCUGCAGAGUGCGCCUUGCAAUACGGUCUGAACGAAGAACUCGUUGAGCGAGCUCGAACGGUCACGACUCACUUGAAGAACUUCGAGCUAGGCAAGAUCUCGGAUGUCGCGAUGACGGAUACAGAUAGGAAGGAACUCUUUCAAGCGGAAGAAUUGGCAAAGGUUUUUCUCAAGUGGAAGCCGCUGGAGGAUGAGUCGAUAGAGGACGGCGAGAUGGAUGCCAAAGCGAAGCUCGCGGCCAUGAUCAGGAAGAUCGAAGACUCAAAUGCCACUUGAAACACAUGUGAUGUAUGCAUUAGCCGAGGGCGUCGCGAAUCUAAAUGGCCACGCGGAGAUC